AUGGCUGGGAAGACUGGUCUUCGUGGUCACCAUGACAAGUCCCAUUUCCAGACCCUCCUCAAUCUCCCUUCUUGCUCCGACCUUGACCCAGUAUGGAACGACUUAACUUUUCUUCUUAAAUGGAGCUUUUUUCUUGGUGGGUUUUUGUUGCUUAGUGAUCUUGUGAAGAAAAUUUUGACUUUUGUGGUGCUUGAACAAGUUUUGGCAUGCCUUCAUUCGAUGAUUAGAAAAUGCGCCUAUGGAAACUUUAGUGGCGAUGAUCUUCUUAAGCUUGUUCUGCCUGAUUUGCCCGUUGAUCUUCAACAAAUGCUUUUGCUUUUGUUCCAGAAGUAUCGGAGUCAGUGGAAAGAGGAUGUUUCAAAGGAACAGGCCCCUCUCUCUCUUGAAGCUCUUUCCUUGAAUCAAUAUACUUGA